CCUGUGGUUGAGUAGGUGGUCUCCCUGGCACACAGUUCCCUUCACAAAAGGAGGGAUGUUGCCCAUGUUUAAUAUAUUACUGCUGUGAACAAGUUUAGAGGAGCCACUGCCUGUGUCAGAGGCAAAUGGGACCAAUCAACUUUUGAGCUGCUGAAUGACACUGAGUCCUGCCUCUGAAACUUUUGUUAUUUUUUCCCCCUCGACUUACUUCAAUUGUUUCCACAACUUAGUUACAGACUAGGACAAGUUGCCAGAGCUCUACAGGCACGUCCCACAGCCGGGAGCAAGCUCCUCUGUGCUUCACUAAAAGUAAGACCAGAGGUGGGUGACAGCGCCAUGGAGGAUUAACAAGCAAGAAAAAGGAAAAAGGUUCUGCUAAAUCAGAUUAUCUGCCCCUGUCAGUAACAGCCAGCACUACUAUCCAGAUCUCCUGGCUGCAAGCUCCACAAAGGCUGUCUAAAAAAAAGAGAAGAUAUUAGGCACUUUGCACUGUUCCUGACAACUGCGCUUCUUUCCUGCACUCCUAAAACCUCUGAUUUGUGCUCUCUGCUUUCUUGUUGCCAUGGAGAAGGUCCAACACAUAACCCGCUCUGCUCUAAGGAGAGCCUCAACUAUUGAGGUCAACCCACAAGCACGCCAAAGGCUCCAAGAGCUCUUUGUGAAUUUCUGCCUGAUUUUAAUUUGCCUCUUGCUGAUCUGUAUCAUUGUGAUGCUUCUCUGAAGUUCCAGCACUCCUCUGCACUGUCCUCUAGAAAAAUCAUCCCGGGGGGAAGAGAGACGCACACCUGCAACUCCCAGCGCAAGGAUCCUCAUGUGACAGGGGCCAGCACUCGGACUAGAGUGUGUGCCAACCAGUGCCCUGUUACCUUACUGCCUGCUACAUGUAUUAAAAACACGUCUUCUGUGCAGAACAGUGUUUAGAGCCUGUAGUUACAAAGCUGUGCAUGACCCAGUUUGUCGGUCUCAAUCAAGAGAUAUCUUUAAAUGGGGUAAAGUACUGAUAAAUCAGAUUAUCUGCCCCCAACAGUAACAGCCAAUCUUCCUCAAUCUUUUAGUUAGAUAAACAGCAACUUCACUUUUUGGGGGCCUGAGUGUUUUUAGGUUUCUCUGAAAAUCCUUAUGCCCUUAGAGGGGUUCCAAAUUUGGACCACAUCUGCCCAAAGAAGAGCUUACAGGUACACAGCCAUCAACACAUCUUAAGAAAAUUUCUGCUCUGUUUAACUCAAGGUGCUGCAUCUCUGCAUUAUCAACUGAAGGCAUUUAAAUUGCUUUAGUGGUUUUUAAGGGAACAUGGGAAUAAACAAAAAAUAUCUUCUAACCCAGAAAUGAAAACUAUUUCAUAUGCUUUUCUCCCUAUCUAAAGGAUCUUGUAUAUGUGACUUCUGGAAAGGUUUUUCACAAUGUUUUGUAGAAAAAAACCUGACACUACCACACUGACAUAAAAUUUUUUUUUCUAUAGUCAUUCAACUGACAUGACAACUGGCAUAACUUGGAAACAAUUCUCAGAGUACUUAAUAUUUGACUUCAGACAACUUAAUUAUGUCCUGCUCUAAUUUAUGUAAUAAUUUCCUUAGUUUAAAACUACAAAAAACUUGGAACUUGCCAGUGUCACAGAAGGUGGCUUAUAUCUGAUAUGGUAAAGAGAAAAGUCUAGGUCACCAUUACUGCUAUGACUAAAGUGUAUCAGACAAAUACAAGUAAUACCCCCACCUUCAGCUGCAAAUACCUGCUAGAGAACAUGCAAGUAUUUUCCUAAAACAAAUGACAGAUUAAAAAAAUAAAUUAUAUGCACAGAAGGAAAAAGCAUUGCAGAAAUAUCUUUUCGACACGUAAACCAGAGGCUAUACAUGUAAAAGAUGACAUUUCUACUCCAGCAGUUGUGAGUAACAAGACUGAGCAGAAGACUUCCAAUCCUACUACAUGUUUCCGGUAUUAAUCUAAGUUCCUAGAAAUUUGAUAGUUUUUAAAUUUAAAGAAAGCUCAAGAAUCAACACAGAGGUCAGACAGACAUCCAUUUUUUGAAGAGUAAUCUUUCUGUACCACUCUAUGUAAGCAGUCCUACUGAUGAAUACAGAAAAUCAAAACAAGUUAUCUUCAUCUUGUAUUCUGCCUUUAAGACUUAAUAUUUCAUGAGUAGAGGUUAACAAUGAACAGCUGAGCAGGAAGGGAAGAAAUCUUUGAAAAAGCUUGGUAUUUAAUGGAAUGCAAGCAAAUCCAGUGGUGAUGCACUUCCUAUCUGGCAAACAGAUAUGCUAAGACCAGGCCUCUAAAAUAGGGUUAAUCACCAGAGGAAAUUAAGAUAGCGACUGUAUGAGGACUAGAGCAAGCACUGGUGAGGCUGGCAACACACCCCCACUUGCAAGUUAGUAUAUGAGCAUUACUGAUUUGAACCAUCAGCGUAAAUCUCAAUUUCCAUUUCACGCAUUCUCACCACUUUCACAAACACAUGAGAUUUUGGUAAGCGUAUUUUCCCUUUUAAUCCUUCUUCCCUUUCUUGUCUUUUCAAAUUUGUAUUUUUGUCACGGAUAGGGUUUCUAGCUUUAGUUUGCUUCGGAUGUGCUUCAAGAGACUUCAAUUGGAAACAGACAAGUUUUACAGUACUGAAAACUUGCUGAAGAAAAGUGUUAAGAGUAAAGCAUCAGCACAUACAUCCUGAAGACAUGUUUGGAUUAUAGGUUUAACAAGCCAGUAAUAUAUAGGAGUUAAAGUAAAGCAUUGCUAAAAAAGUACCACCCCCCCCCAAUAAAAACAAAGCCUCCAACUUCCACUUAUGUACCUAAAAGCCAUCAUUUAUUUAAAAGCAAUAAACAAACAAGAACAAAACAAAAUUAUAAAUGAACUGGAAGCCCUACUGUUAUUUUACAUCAAUGCAGAUAAAUUGCAUGUACUGUUUGGUUCAUUUAUGUCUUAGGAUUCUGAUGAUCACAAAAUAUGCUACCAUCCUCUGUAUCACCAAAUGUCAACUGAACCCACAGAUUAAAAAACAACCAACCUUUUGUAUAUAGUACAAACUUCUUCAUAGAUUUUUAUGAGCUUUAAAAAUAACAUCUACUGUAUUUUAAAAUGACUGCUUGAAAAUAUAUUAAUGCAUAAAAUACAUCCAAUUCUGUUUAGAGAUCUAUCAUUUACUUAUUAAACUUAUGUGAAAAA